UGACGUCAUGACAGAGCAACGUUUUAUCGUAAAAUAUACCACGCUUCGUUCUUCAUUGUUCUUUGUGAUUUAUCGCGUAUCUAUCUUACCAGCUCUGUAAGUGACGCAAGCUCAUAGGACAUCCGUGUGGAAUGAACUUCACAACUUCUAUUGUGCCGCUUCAGUACAUUCAAGUUUAAUAAUAGCCUUCGUGUCGGACACUAUCGACUUACCCGCUGUCCCAUUCUCUGCGCAUUCAGUGUUUGACUUAUAGGUACGUGUGAGGGAAUGUAGCCUUUUAUAGCCUAUAAAAAGUGCUGUCAGUCCCACGACCGCCAAAUACACACAGACUUACACACGAGGCCGAGAAACAUCAAAUUAUGAUGAAAUCGGACGAAUAUACACUACACCAGCCACACGCACCAUGACCCAAACAGUCCUCCUCCUUGUGGCGAGCCUCUCUCUACUUGUAAAGGUACAAAGUCUUACAUUCUCCUGUGAGUGUGCCGAGGCCGAACCCUACUGCGACAGGGAGAACACUUGCUACGCCACUUGUCCACAACCUACUUAUGCGAAUGGAACACAAUGUAUAGGGAAACACGAGUGUUUAGAUUCAAACUGGGUCCUCUACAACGGAACCUGUGUCAAGACAUGCGCAGAAGGGUUGUUCCACUACCGAGACCUGAACUGGUGCUACGUCAGGUGCCCGAAAGAUACGUACAUCAAUGGAACAACCUGCAUCUUUCAGGAACACUGUGAUUCAGAAUAUUCGGGAGUUUUAUACAACCAGAAGUGUUUACAGUCCUGUCCUCCCGAGGCUCCGUACAUCAGUGGGGUGACUUGUCACCCAUCCUGUCCAGGUAUUACCAUCCUGGACUCCAACUCUCGGUGUAUAACACCAGACCAAUGCCUUGAGAAGCCGUCUGUGAUAUACAACGACACCUGUGUUGGUAAAUGCCCUGAUGAAACUUACUUUCAUAAAGAUGGUUUUUGCGUUGAGACAUGCCCAUUGCAGUAUGUUGUCGAUCAUUCCUUGUGUAUAUCUCCUGAAGUAUGUCUCGCGUCACAUAAGUUCAUUUCUAAUGGCACAUGUGUUUUCCAGUGUCCGGUAAAUGUUCCCUAUCACAACAAUGGAACAUGCACAGAAUUGUGUUCUCAAGAUGCCCUUGUUAAUGGAACAGCGUGUGUUUCUUUGAACCAAUGCAUACGUUUAAGAUGGGUGGUUUUUAACUCAACCUGUAUUCCUGUAGACAACUGUACAAAUUCAGGAUGGGUGAUUUUCAACUCAACAUGUGUCCCUGCAGACAACUGUACAAAUUCAGGAUGGGUGACUUUAAACUCAACAUGCGUACCUGCAGACAACUGUACAAAUUCAGGAUGGGUGACUUUCAACUCAACAUGCGUACCUGCAGACAACUGUACAAAUUCAGGAUGGGUGACUUUCAACUCAACAUGUGUCCCUGCAGACAACUGUACAAAUUCAGGAUGGGUGACUUUCAACUCAACAUGCGUACCUGUAGACAACUGUACAACUUCAGGAUGGGUGACUUUCAACUCAACAUGUGUCCCUGCAGACAACUGUAUAAAUUCAGGAUGGGUGAUUUUCAACUCAACAUGUGUACCUGCAGACAACUGUACAAAUUCAGGAUGGGUGACUUUCAACUCAAUAUGUGUCCCUAUGACGAAGUGUAGAGAUAAAGGAUGGGUGAUUAACAAUGGAACAUGUAGACCAACUUGUCCAGUUUCCGUUCCGUACAAUAACACAGGUAAAUGUGUCUCCCGCUGCCCCUCCGAUACACUCAUGUUGAAUAAAUCUAUAUGUAUAAAGCACUCCUCCUGCAGGACACUGGGAUUUGUAAUCUACAACAGGUCAUGCCUCAGCAUCUGUCCUUCACAUGCAGCCUUUGUUUGGAACAAGACAUGUCACUCUGUUUGUCCGCAAAAUGAAGUAAUCGGCAACUGUACGCAUGCCCAGGCAGUAUCCCCAUCAGAGCAGCCAAGGACAGGCCCUACCUUCACAUCAGAACCAUCAGUGACUGAUCGUGGCUCCACAUCAGAACCACCAAGGACAAAUCAUAGCUCCACAUCAGAACCAUCAAUGACUGAUCGUGGCUCCACAUCAGAACCACCAAGGACAAAUCACAGCUCCACAUCAGAACCAUCAAUGAUUGACCGUGGCUCCACAUCAGAACCAUCAAGGAUAUAUCGUGGCUCAACCUCAGGACCGCCACGGAAGGAUCAUAAGUCGACAUCAGAACCAUCAAGGAGAAGUCAAGACUCCACAUCAACCACCUUUCUAGUAUCGCGCAAACAGAGAACCCACUUAGCAAGUCUUGAGGCCCUCUCCAUUGCUAUGCCAAUUCUGGUAGUUCUGGUGAUUGUUGUGGUCAUUUUAUGUUUUGUCCGGAAAACAGUCACAAAGAGACGAUCAUACGCACAGGAUGAUAGAAGACUCAUUAUAGAGCACGUCGACGACGACCUACAGUUGAUUGAGGCGCCCGUUGGAGACAGUUCCUGUUGACAAGAUGCAUUUGAAAAUCAUUUCAUCUAUUUGUAAAAUGCUGAAGUUUCUUGUUUAAGAGAUGAAGUGGAAUAGGCUUUACCGGCGCGUUCAAGAUUAUGGUACUUCUAUUAUGACAUGCAAGGUAGCUGUGUCUGUUUGUAUUACUCCGGUUUAUAUGGUGCUAGCCCACUGAGAUACCAAGCCGCAAUUAAAUAUGGAUAUCCCAUACAUUGUACUGGCUCCAAACCUGCCAGGCCUUGAUUUAUCCCCUGAAUUCCUAACGCCAGGCAGGGAAACGCCAGGUACCAUCUCUUUUCGUAUUUUGGUAUUACGCGGCCGGGGAUGGAACCACAUUCAGCUCUCCGGGCAGACACUUUACCCACUAGACCACGGAGGUGGUCCUCUUGUUUAACAAGCAGAACAACUUUGUUUAUCAUGUAUUCCCACUUUCGAAAGUUUCACAUCAUAAAGAGUUGUUUUUGUCAAAAUCCAA